UAAUUGUGACACUGUCAACGUGACAACGUCAACAAAAAAAUAAACAUGGAAGCACAACAAAUAAAUUAGGAAUUACAAGUUAUAUUCAGAUAAAAACCCAUGUAUUAAUUUAAUAUUUUUAUCUAUCGAUAACGAUAGAGUUAUUAUUAUGUUUAGCACAAAUUGGAUUGAUUAUUUUUUUGUUACAACUGAUUUUAACAAUGUUUUCCCCCUCUGUAAAGGAUACCAUACAGCCCCAGGCAGGUGCCUCUUUUACAAGGCAAGGGUCAUUGAGGAAAGUGCUACCGCCAGUUGAGACACCAUUUGGUCCCCAGCAUGAAGAAUUGAACCAUAUUUACAAAUUAUAUAAACGGGAAUAUGUGAUAUUAGCUGAGUACAAAAUGCUUGAGGCUGAAAACAUUCAGGGGGUGUAUGCAAUUCCGUCCAAAGAAAAUCCCCUUGUAUGGUUUGGUAUAGUUUUUGUCAGAGAAGGUCCAUAUAAGGAUGGGGUGUUUAGGUUUACCCUCACCUUGGAUGAAGAGUUUCCUGACAGUGAUCACCCGAAUGUUAUAUUUAGUCCUAUAGUGCCUCAUCCACUAAUUGAUCCUACAAGUGGUCAGUUAAACCUUUUAGGGGGUUUCCGUAAAUGGGAUAAAACAAAACAGCACUUAUGGCAAGUUUUCAAAUACAUUCAGUGGAUUUUUGUGCAUAUUGAGGCUAGUGCCGCUCAUGGUGCUCAUCCAGAAGCAUUAGAACUUCUUUCAAAGAACAAGGAAGAGUUCGUGAAGCAAGCGGAAGAGGCAGCCAAAAACAGCAAACAACAUAUUUACACUCCUAGUCUCAUAGAAGAUCCGCAUUACAUUCAAUUUGAACCCUACGAUCGAGAAAGACACAAGAAAGAUAAAUUAUUAAACUUUUUAAAAGAAAAAGAACAAAAAAAAUCUCGAUCGAAGGGACCCUCAUGGGUAUUACCAAAUAGUUUAGAGCCCCUAGGAAGGCCUCCCACGCCUGAAGAUUUCGCAAGCCCCAAAUGAUUUGUUUAUAAUGUUAUCAUGAGUGCAAUGAACAAAUAUUUGUUAAAUAUUUAUCUUAAAUAAAUCGUUUUUUUUCUA